GACAACGAAGAAACACCGUGGAUAGACCUAUCGGCCUAUGAUGUUUCCAACAGCGAAAGAGCUACACCUCAGCUUUCUCCUGAUUCCUGGCUCUACAAGAUCAAACGGUUCUUCAAUGACAAGAUUGACAAACAUCCUCUUGAACAAGACUUCGUCACCAAAUUGGAUUUCUUCCUUCUUAGCUCAAGUAUGCUCGGAUAUUUUAUAAAGAACUUGAAUCAGUCUAAUAUCACCCUUUCCUACAACAAUGGAAUGGACGAAUACUUUAAAAUGGACAAAAACCAGUAUAACUACCUUCUCUCCGUCUGGACCGCGGGGUAUAUAAUCGGUCAGAUUCCUUCCAAUUAUGUCAUCCAUCAUAAUCUCAUCAACUUCAGAUACUUUCUUGGGUCAAUCCAAAUAAGCUGGAGUUUCAUAGCCAUCUUACAGUAUAGAGCAGAAUCGUUGAACGAACUCUAUGUACUCAGAUUUAUUCUUGCCCUCUUAGAAGCCCCUCUCUUUAUUUCACUAGAAUAUCUUCUAGGCAGCUGGUACUCUCCUAGGGAACUCAAUAAGAGAUCUACGUAUUUAGCAAUCAGUUCAGGAUUGGCUUCCAUAAUUGCUGGUCCACUUCAACAAAUAAUUAUAGAGUUCUCAAAAGACACAGACACUCCUCCAUUCAAACUCAAUUUCAUCUUAGAUGCGAUUAUCAGUUUCCCCAUAGCAUUAUUUACUUUCAUCGCCAACCCCAAUGUUCCAUCCAAUACCAAUAAUUUCUACUGGAAUGAAACGGACAAGUUGGUAGCCUUGGAGAGAAGAAGGUUGAUAGGAGCACAGACUACAAAGAAGAAAGCAACCAAAGGCUUCAAGUACUAUAAACGGUAUUUUAGCAGAUGGCAAGUGUUUGUCUUCCCACUUAUCUUCUGGGGGUUCAAUAAUUCUGGACAUGCUUCAAGCCAACCCACUAUGGUCAGUUGGAUGAAAAUUGACUUGAAGUUGUCUUCUGAAUACUACAAUUUGAUCCCCUCCAUCUUUCAUGCUAUUGGUAUUGCAGCUGCUCUAUUAGUUGGAUACGUCAAUGACUAUCUAGGAGGAGUACACAACCAUGUAUUUAUCAAGGUAUUUUUUAUCUCAAUGGUAGUAGGUUGUGUACUCUUGAGCUAUUGGGACUUGCCCUUAUGGUUACAUUGGUUCGCCUACUUUUUGAUAACUGUUCCUGGAUCCUGGGGUCAACCGCAGAUCUUCUCAUGGGUGAACCGUAUACUUGUGAAGGAUGAUUCUAUGAGAAGCUUUGUUAUUUCGGUGACGAAUACCUUUGCGUAUGUCAUUGGGUGCUGGGUUCCAGUUUUUGUAUGGAACACAGCAGAUAAACCUCAAUAUUUUGUCGGUUUUGUCUACACUGCAUGCCUCAGUUCAUUUGGCUUGAUAAUGACUUACGUUGGAGACUAUUUGACCAGACGAGAUGAAUUUAGAGAAAAGUACAAUGGUGUCAUCGAAGUAGAAUUAAGCUCUUGA